AAUAAGAACACACAUACACUAAUUGCAUUAAUUUAAAUUGUCAUUGCACUUAUGAAGGUUUUGAGUAUUGAGACUCUUGACUACAUAUUGAUUUGGAUCAAUAAAUAUUUGGUAGAUAAAUUUCAUCUUUGUACCACAAGAAGUCAUGAUACCAAAAACAAAAUAAUCAAACCAAGAUGGCUUAGGAUAUGUAAGACUUGUGACUAAAUAUUUUUCUAGAUACCAAAACACUUCAUGGAGGUCCUAACUUACUAAUAUGUUCGAUGUUCUGUUAAAUGAGCCAGAAUUUUAAUUGGAAGACGAAGUAGUGACAAGAGAUUCUUGAUUCUUCUUGGCUCUGGAAGCUCUCUAUCUAUCUUUUUUUUGAAGUUUUUUCUUCUCUGAAUCUUUUGGUUUCUAUCUGCAUCUACAUUGAUGGUAUCUUCACUAUGUUCCUCAUCUCUGUCUCCAGUUUCUUCUGUUUUUUAGCUACCGCCAUUGCUGCUUCAUUGUUCUUUUUCUGCUGCUUCUUCCUAAGCAACACAAAACAUAGCAAUGCUUGUUUCAGUGAGUGAGUGAGCCACAUUACUUGUGAAAAAAGAUCAGACUUCAGUGGGCCUCCACAUAUCCAUUCAGAAGGCAACAAGCUCAAGAGUAGCGUCCAUACGGCCAAAGAGAGCAACGGCAACUCCUUCAGUAUACUUGAAUCCUUAUCCGAUGACUCAACCUAGACAGCUGUAUAUGAGGAGCGUAUCUUAUUCUAGAUUGUUCUACGUCAGUCUAUAUAAACACUCACGUAAUUCGUUUUGUAUCACCAAGAAUAAGAGUAUCCUUUUACAAAAGUUCUUCUUCUUUGCUUGACUUACACAGUGAAUUCACGUAUUAGACUGAUGAAGAGAGACAAGACGAGGGUACACAUAAUGAUAUCAAUAGUUGGUCCAUUUUUACCAUAUAUUUUAAUUAGAAGAGUCAACGUAUGCAUGUAUAUAAUAAAAGAAAAGGACAAAGCUUGGCGAGCAAGAUAAGAGGUCACUUCCAAGAAAUGUGUCUAAGAAUAUUUAACGCUGAAUUUGUCUUAUAAAUACAUAUUCUUUUAAUGAACAAAAAAAGAAAGAAAAAGAAAAUACAUAUCGUUCACAGAGUAAUACAUGAAACUAAACCUAUAAAUAUCAUCCAUCGUGUUAUACCUUUUUAGAUAAGAAAAAGGCUACACCCGACAAUAAAAUACGUAUCCCGUUUAAGAUAAUGAAAAGUAAAAAGUGUUUUUAAUAGGAUAGGGAUUUGUUUUACUAAAAGGAAAAGGAAAUCGUAUUUUGAAACUAGCUAGUAUAAAUAUAGGUCUAAGAAAGUAAAAAUCAUUCAUUCACAUAAUUAAUAUAUUUGUCUCAACGAUUCCACCCACAAACGUUUCUCUUUAAACUCCAAUCAUGUCUCUCUUCACGUCUUUCUUAAGUUGCUUUGUUCCAAAAUCCAGCUCAAAAAUUAGUUCAAUCGAUGGUAGUAUCCCGAAGGGCUUGUCGUUGGAGAAGCCAAAAAGCAAAUCUGAAUCUCUUAGAGCUCCAAUCAUUGUAUCUUAUUUCCCCGUGGGUUCAAUGCUUUCGCGUUUGUAAGAAGUGUGGGAAGGUCAUUGGCAUAUUUGUUGUGAGACUUUUUUUUUGUUCCUUUUGUUUGUUUGGUUAUUGUAAUGGACCACCUACCUAGGUUUGAUAACAUCAUAUUUAGGUCUGGCAACAAAAUUAUAUGCUUUGUAUUCAAUCCAAAUAAAGAUUAAUAACGUUUA